CUUUCCAGUUUUAUCAGCGAGGGCGUGUCUCAUUCAGGCGAGCGUAGUGAGACUGAGACCGAGACAGAAAUCACCUGAGAUCACUGCGCCACUGCUAUAGGAGAAAAUGGGCAAAGCAGGUGGACGUGGGGACUUUGAAUGGGUGUACGACGAGCAGCCGCACACAUGGAGAAGAAGGGAAAUUUUGGCAAAGUAUCCAGAAAUCAAGAACCUGAUGGGUCCCGACCCCCAGCUGAAGUGGGUUGUAUCUGGAAUGGUACUCACUCAACUCUUGGCAUGCUAUCUGGUUCAUGAUCUGUCUUGGAAGUGGGUGUUUUUCUGGGCGUAUACAUUUGGUGGUUGUAUAAAUCAUUCCAUGACCCUUGCCAUCCAUGACAUCUCACACAAUGUAGCAUUUGGGAACCGGCAAGUGCGCUGGAACCGCUGGUUUGCGAUGUUUGCCAACCUGCCCAUUGGCCUACCUUACUCUGCCUCCUUUAAGAAAUACCACAUUGACCACCACCGCUACUUGGGAGGGGAUGGCCUGGAUGUGGACAUCCCUACGGACUGGGAAGGCUGGUUCUUCUGUACGCCUUUGCGGAAGGUACUCUGGCUUUUUCUUCAGCCUUUGUUCUAUGCACUGCGACCUCUGUUGGUGAACCCGAAACCUGUGACCAAACUGGAAAUGAUGAAUGCAGUUAUGCAGUUUGCAGCAGACAUUCUGAUCUACUACAUCUGGGGACUCAAACCUAUAGUGUACCUCAUAUCUGGGAGUUUACUGUGUAUGGGGUUGCAUCCAAUCUCAGGACACUUUAUUGCUGAGCACUACAUGUUCCAAAGGGGCCACGAGACUUACUCUUAUUACGGCCCUUUAAACCUGAUUACCUUCAAUGUGGGAUAUCACAUGGAGCACCAUGAUUUCCCCAGUAUCCCUGGCAGUAAGUUACCGGAGGUAAAGAGAAUUGCAGCGGAGUAUUACGACUCACUGCCACAGCACACCUCCUGGAUACGAGUGCUCUGGGACUUUGUGUUUGAUGACAGCAUCGGCCCCUAUGCCAGAAUCAAGCGAGAGUACAAACUGGCUAAACAGGAAUAAAUUGCACUCUACAUGCACUAUUUUCUUCAAGCCACUAUUUAAACGGAAAAGAAGAAAAGCAGGACAGGCCUGCUACACUGGCAGAAACGCAUUUAAACUUUUCCACUUGCAGAAACGGCAAGGGAGCAAGUUUAGAGAAUCUGAAAACAUCUACUUGUGGUCGGUUUAACUACUGUAAGUUUUUUUUUACUUACAUGUAUUAAAGGAAUCAAAUGGAUGCUGAGAUGAAGUCUGUAAAACGUUUUCAUUUGUGAUCCUGUUCGUUUGUUUUUUGCUGUGUAAAAUGUUUUCUAUGUUAAUAUUCUAUAAUGUUAUUCUAAAGCUACUGUAAUCUAAUUAUUCACAUUUUUGAAAAAAAAACAUUUGAU